UCUUUUCUCCAUUUUCAACAAUUCUCCAAAUAUCUCAUUACCGACAGCCAACAUACAAGAUGAAUAAAAUAUUAUUCAUUUACGCUUUCUUAGGAAUUAUUUUAUCAUACAAUGUUGAUGGAGCUGUUGUAGCAAAAAGCAAAUAUUAUGAGAAAGCAGAAUUAUUUUCUAAUCCAUUUAAGUCUGAAAAACCCGUAAAUGAACUGAAAAAAGCCAUUGAAUCUUUAAUAUCUCAUUUAGAAAACAACGACCCGAACAAAACACUUUUAGCUCAAGACAUUGAGAACAUUAGAAAAGCUGUCGAUAAAGUAAAUGAUAAUUUACUUAAAAGUAUGGCAGAAGAAUUGAUAAACAAAUUAAAUGAUUUGAAAUCGGAAGUGAAAGAUGCUUCAAAACAAGUCCUUUUAGAUGCAAGUAAAAAAGUACUGAAAGAAGUUAAAUCCGUUUGGAAAAAGAUCAAGGAAAAAUUUAUGUCUAUAUUUUCCUAAAACAAAUCGUAAAAAAUUGAUUUUAUAUGAAUUUAAUUUUAUUUAGAAACAAUUCUGAUAUUUAUGUAUGAUGUUG